GGGUUCAUUCAUAAAUAGAUCGCCAAGCAAGGGAGGUAGACGAAAGUCUUGUUAUAACAACCACCAUCUGUGAAUUAUAUAUAGAACAUAUUCGCAUUUCAGUGAAACCGACUUGUGGAAUUUUACUUUCAUCAAGCUGUGCUCCUAAACCGAUGGCGAACACUGAGUUCCUUUUAGAAGAGACAGAAAUUUUUGAGGAUCAGAUUGUACCCGAUCAGGACGACUGUUUUCUCCCGCCUAGUGCGGAUGUGGCUUCCCAGUGGAACGUUGUCCAAGAAUUGGAAAAAUACCUUCCAUAUGACCCCCUGACUCAAGCACCUACAGCCAAAAAGGUUAGGCGUGAAAGCGCCUCCGUAGUCGAUGAGUUUUUCGGCGAUGAUAAGGACUCGCCGGAGCUGAACAGUGCCAAACAUCGCGUUCAAUUGGCACGUGCCAAGUACAUGGACUUGGGACAUCUGAGGACAGGAUUGAUUGGUGCCCAAAAGUCCCAGACAGCCAUCGAUGUCGAAAGGCGUGGAAGUUCUAGUCUUAUUUCCGAAUUCUUUGGAGAUGUAUCUAGUCCCAAAAAGGUCGUUCCGUCUGCAAAGAAGGGGGACACGACGUCAUUUGACGUCAGUGCUACCAUGAUGGACACGUUCGUCCCAAGCAGUUAUACCGAGUUGGAAGAGCAGAGCAAGAAAGUGUCUGAUUCUUUGUGGGAGGACCUUCGGAGUAGUUUUGAUAUUCUGGAACCUUCCGUUAACGAAGACAAGAGAGACGAUGUGUAUCAAAUGAAAGGUGCCACUACGAUACCUAAAAUCAAAUCAGAAUUCGUGGACUUAACUAGUAAACCUUCUUGUCAGUUUGAAAACUCACAAAGGACAUCGCCUAAUGGCAUAACUAUCAAACUUGAGCCAUCUGAGUCUAGCUGUCUUAUGACUUCCAGUGUGGGCGAUAGUUUUAACUCUCGUCCAAAAACUCUGCCUAUACCCGUAUCUCAACAAGUGAUUCUCUCCCAGCCGGGGUCAUCAGUUGUGCAAUAUAUUACCCAGCUUAGAUCUGUUGGAAUCAACAAAUCUCAAGUGACCACAAACAAUCGGAUGUACGUGAGCACCCCUCCCCAUACUGUCCCUGUGUUGCCACCUACUCCUCCCAAUUCUCAGCCCGGAAGUCCGGACCAGGACGCUGUCCGUCGUACUCCCCCGCCCCCAUACCCUGGACUCCAUCGCCCGUCACCCCUGUCAUCUCCGGCCGGUAAUUUCAACAUCAAACCAGUCAUUCCCGUUAGGCCCCAUACACAGUCACGUCAACUCAAGCCUCAGCUGACACACCCAGGGUGUUCAACUAUCAAAUACAACCGAAAGAACAAUCCAGAGUUGGAAAAACGACGUAUUCACUUCUGCGAAUUCCCAGGUUGUAGAAAAGCCUACACGAAGAGCUCCCAUUUAAAAGCCCAUCAGCGAAUCCAUACAGGUGAAAAGCCAUACAAAUGUCAUUUUCCAACCUGUCAGUGGAGAUUUGCACGUUCCGACGAGCUCACCAGACACAUACGAAAACACACGGGUGCCAAACCCUUUAAAUGCAAGGUUUGCGAAAGGUCCUUUGCCAGGUCCGAUCAUCUGGCCCUGCACAUGAAACGCCACGAGCCCAAGAAAUGAAGGGAAACACAACCCGAGAAUUUUUUGACGUGGGACUUUGGACGAGCCCUCACGUUUGGAACCCAUCAAUGGCUGGGGUCUCCAUGAAGAACCCAAUUGGAAGGCUUUUUAAUUAAAGCCUGGAACGUUUGUAGCAGGACUUUUGAAUGUCUGAAUGCGAGCAGCCAUCACAGGACAAGUGCUAGGGCGACGGUGAGGAUUUCCCGCCACGCCCUGUGUUACUGGAGGAUUGCCCAAUGACCGAAAUUUGGGUGGAGAGAGACUAACGAGAAAGGUUCUCACUAGAACAUGUAUGAUUGGCGAGUUAUGGUAUCUUGACCAGUGAACUUUGUAGUUUUUAUUGGUAAUUCUAUCACAUACCAAUCGUUUCACUGUUUAUUUUUUGAGAAUGUGAGGUUUUCGAAUGCUAGUCGUAAUGACUGAGAGCGAUUGUACCUAUACCGGUGAUAAAAGUCCAAACAGUAUUUUUAUCGUAUCUCUGGGGCUUCGAGAAAUUAACAAUACCACGUAUGCCGCGAUAAAAUCGAUAGUUCAGAAUCUGGUAUUGAUUAGAGAAGGCACACAGAUUGUUUACAGUCGUCAUCGUGUAUGUUAUACACAAACAGUGCGCGUGCGCACGAGACAUGGCAAGGUUACUAUAUAGAUAUGUGUAAUGGGUCUGCAGUUGUUUACAGACAGGAGAACGCGUUAUGAGUCAUACUUUCUUGUUUCUCUGCGCAGUGUUGAUAUUGGGUCGUUUGUUGUUGCUUAUUUUGACGUAAAUGGAAAAGUGCCAUUAAUUGUUAUAUACGUCAUUAAUGAGUUGUUUUAUCGAUGUUUGUUGACGUAAGUAGGAUCAUUAUUGUUGUUUUCCCGUUACAUUAUCAUUCCAAAUUGUGUUAAAUAUGCUUAAUCGAUGUCAGAAUUCAUUGGGCUUUUUGCUUUUUAUCUUUCUUUUUUUCUCUCUAUCUCUAAAUUUUUCUUUGGUAUACUUUUUAAACUUUUUUCAAAGUCGAAAUCCUAUGAAAUUUAUCUGAGGGUUUCCCUAUUCUUAUCGCUCAGAUCUUUGAUAUCUUCUACAAUAUUUGUCCAUUUUCACCGACACAAAUCUUUGAUCAGAAAUCCUGUGAAAUGUUUUGGUGUUGUGAAAUAUAUAUGUCUAAUGGUAAAAAAUAAAAUAUUUUUUCUUUAGAAAUGUUGUUAAGAUAUUUAUAUUGUACUUUGAUCAACGUAAAUUUUCAAUAAAUGAUUUAAUCCCUGAAAGAUUUUUACUAAUGAACUGCUGAAAGUACAACAAAAUUGACUUUAAAGCUACUGUCGAUUGGCAGAAAAUCUCUAAAAUUUAGAAAUAUUUAUUGGGUAUGAUAAAAUUCCUGUUGAACGUAUUUUAAUACGGGUGCCGAGUAUACUGUUACCAGGGGUAUGUGAUAUUCUAAUGAACAGACGUGUUUGUGAGUUUACACGAAAGAACUAUGAAUGUAUGGUCGUAUGGUCGCAUGGCGACAUGGACAUGUUUUCACUAGGUAUUUAAAACAUUUUGUGAUAAGUCUUUGUUGUACGGGGACGAAAGCUCAGAAUCCUUUUUAUCCUCCAAUGAUAGAUUUUAUAUUUUUUUUACACGUGCCCUUUUGUGACACCUGUAUCGAUGUUUACUUCGAUUAUAGUUUAUUUGAAUGUAAAAUAAAACAGAAAAAAAACAACUUA